UUUUUUUUUUUUUUUAAAUUACUGUGCACUCCUUCAAUUUGAACUCACACUAUAAACCUGGCCACUUCCUAUUGCAGCUUUUAAUGAAGCAACCUCGUACAUACAGUGCUUAUUCUCUGUGUGGUCAAGCUAGGCUGAGACACAAGAGGCCGCUCUUGAAGUGAAAAGGGCGAAAGCCAGCGCAGUGGUUUUCCCGUUUGACAGCAGGGGCUUGUUUUACAGCACAAAACAACAAGGAUGAAGACUCACAAGCGGCGAUGCAGCGACACAGAUAACAUUAGGGAGGUGUAGCUGAAGUACCGCCAUCUCGAUCAUCCGGCAAGCGAAGCGACGUAAACACCAGGCAACUUGAAUGUCGACGGAGCUGCAGAGCCGCAUCUGUGUGCCUUAGUUGAAGUGCUCCUGGAUUUGUUGUUGUUAGCAGCCAAUGCUAACUAUAGAAGUUGCGAGCUAGCUGGCCUAGCAAGCUAAUAGUCAAAGCGAGUUAAAGACAGUUUAGCCACAUAUGUCUGAGUUUUAACCAACCCGGAAGACUUAACGCGGGGUUUGCUUAGCUGAUGGAGCCAGCUAACCUUGUAUUCAGUUGUUUAAGAACUGUAGCUUUGGUUGAGUAUCAGUCAUAGUAGUUGCCUAGCUCGUCAGUUAGCCACCACUUUCCGUGGAAGAAUGAGUAGAAAACACCGUCAUUUUAAAGGAGCCGAAGUCAGCUGCUGUGUGAAAUACGUUUUAUUUGGAUUCAACAUUGUAUUCUGGUUACUAGGAGCUGCAUUCUUGGGUAUAGGCUUGUGGGCAUGGGCGGAGAAGGGCGUGCUGUCCAAUCUGUCAUCCAUCACAGAUUUAGGGGGCUUUGACCCUGUAUGGCUCUUCAUCGUCGUCGGAGGGGUCAUGUUCAUUCUGGGCUUUGCUGGAUGUAUCGGAGCGCUCAGAGAGAACACCUUACUGCUUAAAUUUUUUUCUGUGUUCCUGGGUUUGAUCUUCUUCCUGGAGCUGACUGCAGGGAUCCUUGCCUUCGUCUUUAAGGACUGGAUCAAAGACCAGCUUAACUUUUUCAUCAACAAUAAUGUCAAGGCAUACCGCGAUGACAUCGACUUGCAGAAUCUCAUCGACUUUGCCCAGGAAUAUUGGUCAUGCUGUGGAGCGCACGGGCCUGACGACUGGAACAUGAACAUCUACUUCAACUGCACUGACAGGAAUCCCAGUAGGGAGCGCUGUGGCGUUCCCUUUUCAUGCUGCAUCAAAGACCCUGCAGAGGAUGUCAUCAACACGCAGUGUGGUUAUGAUGUUCGGCAGCAAAUGGAGUUGGACCGGCAGAAGUUUAUCUAUACGAAGGGCUGCGUGGGACAGUUUGAGAAGUGGCUUCAAGACAACCUGAUUAUUGUAGCCGGCGUCUUUGUUGGAAUUGCACUUUUACAGAUUUUUGGUAUCUGCCUUGCUCAAAACCUCGUGAGUGACAUCAGAGCUGUCAAAGCCAACUGGUGACAGGAGAAUUGAAGUGGGGCGGCCCCAGCACCAAACUCGCAUAGCACACCGUCCGGCUGAGGCGGACAGCCGGCAACUUUUGCCACUGAGCUAAGCAACACACACACACAUGCUCUCACACACCGAUAUGUGUGUGAGUGACGCUUGAAAAAGAAAAUAUAUUUCACAGACAAACCAAACAGUCAGAACUUUGUUUACCACUCAGCUGGGAUUUUAACCCAAAUAUACAGAAGAGAGUCCUGCCUACUUUUUUCCCCCCUCUAUUAUUUUUUUUUUUCUUUCGACAAAUUUAUUUAAGGCACGCAGUUGCACAAGGACUCCAGAAAACUCGGAGAUCAGAAGCCAUGGAUAAAAGACAAAACAAAAUGAGGAAAAACGUCUGCUUUUUAAAAAAAAAAACAAGGAAAAAACACCUCAAGCAACAUGUUGUCACAGAACCUUUGUCCUGCUCCGCAAGGGGGCUGAAGAUCUUCCCUUAAAGUCAGCUCGCACCCACCUCCACACUUCCUUCUCCUCCAGAGGACGAUGACUGGCUGGCCACAUGGAUUCGUCUGCGUGUCAUUUUUCUCCUUUGUGACCUUUUUUAUGACCACUAAAAAAACAAACAAAAGAGAGACAAAAAACUGAACACUGGUCGGUCAUAUCUGCAAAUUUAAGUCACUUCAAGAGUUUUCUGUUCAAGUUCAAAUGUAAAAAGUGCCAUUAAUUUCCAGUUUUGUGUCCUUCCUGUUCUGUACAUGGAACUUGUGCACCUCGACCGCCCCCUUCCCUUAUACCUCAGGGCCUGGCUAAAAAAUGUGUUUCCUGCCGCCAGUUAAAAGCAUAUCUUAUUUUUCCAUCCGUGUCUGUUGAAUUUAGAUAAACGCCAAAAGUUACCCCAUUCGCCCUAUGGUGAUUGCAUCAUCUGUUGAUUGAGUGUAUUGUAUGACAUGAAAUAGUAAGGAUUGUAAGUGUGUGCUAUACAGAGAAAGGGGGUUUAAUGAUAGAGGUUGUUGUUUAUCUCCGAGCAUCCCUCAGGCACAUGGGAUUGCUAGUUUGGGGCCUUUUUAUCUUUUUUUCUUUUUACUUGACUUCUGUGUACCAUAUUUGUCUUAUAUUUUUCUCUUUGCAAAAGAACAUAUGUCUGUUGUUAAAGAUGUUCUUUUAAUUCUUCAUUCAUUUCCUGUCAUUUAUAGAUAAAUCUGUUCUCGGGUUCAUUGUUAAGCUUUACAGGCACCUGUUUUACUUCCAGCUCAUCAGUCAGCUGCAAAUUAGCUUCGUAUUGUGAAUGUUAGCGGUCCUAAUGGAGACCAAAUAAUAUCAUUAGCUAACUGCCAAGGUUUUGUCUGGCCACAAUUCUGUUGUUAUUAGGAAUGCCAAACGAUAACAAAUGGCAUUUCCACGGCCAAAAUGUGAAUUCAUUGUCCCUCCAUGUGGGAAGUGCCAGUUGAACCUAGAAAUCAAAUGACAAUUAAACAAUGUUACAGUAACGCUUUUAUCUUUUAAUUCAGUGUUGUCUUUUUUAUUUUUUUCUUUUUGGAUUGUUUUUUUUUUUAAAAAUAGAAUAGCAAAUACACGCCGUACCUUUAAUAUUAGCGACAGUCUCAAUAUAACAUGAAUGCUGCUUUUAACUUUGACUAGAUUAUUGAUGGUGUAUUACAAUAGUCGAGCUAACAAUCUAUCUCACGUGGCGGCAUUUGUAGAAAACGGUCUGGCCGCUACGGUUUCCAUCUGAGGAAAUAGUCACAUUGUUUUUCAUGUUAAAGUUUACACAUUAUACGUCACCGCCUUUUUAAUUAUUAUGGGGUCCCCCCCCCCCAAUUUAUUCAGUCAUUCAGAACACUCUUGGAGUGAGUUCAGUUCUGCUAUAACUGGCUUCACUCAGUAAUUCUGUAUAUUAUUCAAAGCAUUUAACCACAACAGCUGUUUCUGGCUGUCACAAUGUCAUUCGGAUACAUUGCACAAGCUAGAUUAGGAACGGAUUUACUUGACUGCACACACAGGUCCAUAUAUACACUUUAGAUAUAUACACACACUCUCAAAAAUGAGAAAACAUGUUUGGAAUUGCAAUGCAGACUAGCUGAAAGAUGAGUAGCAUUAAUAUUCUGUGAACAGUGCAGGAAAACUUUCCCUGCUUCUCUCUCAGAGUCGGUCUGCAGAAUACAUAUACAUAGGAGUUCUUUCAGCGACGCCACCUUAAGAUCGUCUGUCGUGUGCACAUGUCACAUGUUGCUUUUCACCCACGCCCCCUCCCUUUUGAAAAAAAAAUCAAGAAUCUACCUGAUCAUAGUGCACCUGUUUCAGAGCCUCUACCAUUCUGAUGUAUUUUUAAACAUCGGGCUCUUUUGACAAAAGAGGAACACACGACAAAGUGGGAGUCAUUUGAGUUUAGGCGCCGCGAAUGCACAAGUAGAAAUAUCGCCAGCGGAGAACAAUGCAUCUGCACAAGAGCGACAGAGCCUUAAUGACUUCUCCCCGGUUCAGGUAGAUGCGUGUGUAUAGGAGAGGCUCAUUUAUAUCAGCACUUUAGGUCUAAUCAGUGAGUAACAGCUUCCAGUAAUCUCCAAAAACAGAUUUCAUUUAGAAUAAAUAUGGAGUCGUUUUACAGGAUGUACUUGCAGUUAAUUCUCACCUGGAGUUAUAUUUUCGUGACGUGCCGUGAAAGUUGUUUGUCAUGCUUUGUGUGUGGGCUUCUUUGAUUUCACUUACUGUUCAGUCUGUUAGAUGAAUCUGGAUGAAACCUGUGUGUGUGUGUGUGUUUUGUUGUUUUCUUUUUUCUCUUCCCUCCAUACAUCUGUGGGUUGAAACGAAUGUGUGCCACUAAUUAACAAAUGAGAAAGUUUAACAAAUCUGUGAAGCAUUUUCAUGUUUUUUUUUUUU